GGAAGCCCUGGCCACCUCAGAUCUGUCUGUCCAGUCGCCCAGCCUCCAGCCUGGUCGGACUCCUCCUCCUUCGUCACUAUAGACAAUUCCGCGGGCCCUCAUUCCGUUUCCAACCUCCAGCCCCUGCUCUCGUAGUCGCCAUCUCAUACGACAGAGCUCGGCAAUUACACCACAAGCUCGCCUCUUCUUCAUAACCCAGUCGUCCUUGAGCGAUCGACCUCGCGACCGACUAUCGUCAUGGAUCACACCUCGGGUAUUAUGCCCUUGAACCAGGUGCACAGCCCGCCGUUCACCGUGGAAGCCAGUGGCUUCGAAAAGGUCCCUGGCGAGACGAUCCCCCGUCGUCACCCUCGAUUCAAAGAUGCGUUGCGCGACUCGCCUGCCGAGGGCGUCCAUACCGUCUACGACAUUGUCACGCGCAGCGCGCGCAUCUACCCCAACCACACGGCCGUCGGCUACCGUAACCUCGUGAAGCUGCACAAGGAGACCAAAAAGGUCCAGAAGAAUGUGGACGGCGAAGUCCGCGAGGUCGACAAGGAGUGGCAGUUCUUUGAGCUGACUCCUUUCACCUUCUACACCUAUACUCAAUACCUGGAGCGCAUCCACCAGGUUGGCGCUGGCCUGCGCAAGAUUGGCCUCACCCCCGAGCACAAGCUCCAUCUCUUCGGAACCACCAGUGUCAGCUGGAUCACCAUGUCGCACGCCUGCGCCUCGCAGUCCAUCUCCAUCGUUACGGCCUACGAUACUCUCGGCGAAGAAGGCGUUGCGCACUCUUUAGUGCAGACCAAGGCCAGCACCAUGUACACGGACCCGCACUUGCUCAAGACCGCUACUGGCGCUAUCCGCAAGGCUGAUGUCAAAACGGUCAUUGUGAAUGCCGAAAGUGUCUUUGCCAACGGUGGCGAAGUUGAUGCGUUCAAGAAGGAGAACCCAGACCUCGCCGUUUACACAUUCGAGGAGCUACGCAAGCUCGGUGAGGAGAACCCAGUCGAUCCUGUCCCUGCCAAGGGCGAGGACCUGUACUGCAUCAUGUACACCUCUGGAUCGACCGGUCUCCCCAAAGGUGCCUGCAUCAAGCACGAGUCCUUGGUGGCUGGUGUAACCGGCCUCUGGACCAACGUCGAGGAAUGUGUCAGCGACAAGGAGGUGAUUCUAGCCUACCUUCCCUUGGCUCACAUCUUCGAAAUGGCCCUCGAGAAUUUGGUCUUGUCGAUCGGUGGUACCCUGGGAUACGGCAACUCCCGAACUCUUUCCGAUACCUCAGUCAAGAACUGUGCUGGUGACAUGCGCGAACUGAGGCCGACCGUCAUGGUCGGUGUGCCCCAGGUCUGGGAAACCAUCAAGAAGGGCGUCAUGUCCAAGCUCGACACAUCAAGCCCUCUGCUGCGCAACCUUUUCUGGGGAGCCCUCAGUUACAAGAGCUUCAUGUCCAAAAACAAGCUACCAUUCGCAAGCGCCCUCGACAACAUCGUCUUCAAGAAGGUCCGUGACCUGACUGGUGGCCGUCUACGCUUCACCAUGAACGGCGCUAGCGGUAUCUCCGACGAGACCAAGCAUUUCCUAUCGCUUGUCCUGGCCCCGAUGCUGGCUGGAUACGGGUUGACCGAGACGUGCGCCAACGGUGCUCUGGGGUGCCCUCUCGAAUAUUCUUCCACGGCUAUUGGCCCGGUUCCCGCCUCUAUCGAAGUCAAGCUUGUUGCGAUCCCCGACAUGGGCUACGAGACGGAUAAGAAGGGCCAGGCGGCUCAGGGUGAGAUCUACAUCCGCGGAAAGCCCGUGAUGACCGAGUACUAUGACAACCCCGAAGAGACCGCCAAGGCUCUUACCCCCGAUGGUUGGUUCAAGAGCGGUGAUAUCGGCGAGUUUGACAAGGACGGUCACCUCAAGGUCAUCGACCGCGUCAAGAACCUGGUCAAGAUGCAGGGCGGAGAAUACAUCGCUCUGGAGAAGCUGGAGGCUGUCUACCGUGGCACCCACUGUGUCACCAACGUUAUGAUCCAUGCGGACCCCGAGCACUCGCGCCCCAUUGCCGUCAUCAUGCCCAACGAGAAGGUCCUUGCUGAAGAGGCCAAGAAGCUGGGCGUCGACGAGCACAACAUGUACCACGACAAGAAGGUGAACUCCAUGGUGCUCAAGGACCUCCAGAACGCCGGUCGCCGUGGCGGUCUGACCGGCAUGGAAAUUGUCGCCGGUGUCGUGAUCACAGACGAGGAAUGGACUCCUCCUAGUGUAAGCCCCUACCGCCUCGAGCCACUAUGAAAGCAUGACAAGCUGACAAAUUACAGGGUCUGGUCACCGCCACGCAGAAGCUCAAUCGCAGGGCUAUCCGCGAUACCUUUGGCAAGCAGAUUGACGAGCGCCUCAAGGCGCUGUGAGUAAUGCAAGCGCCGUUAUGAAGCGUGGGCAUGUAGCGUAAGAGUAGAGUACUGAGCGUUCCCGACAUUGUUCGUCAUAACCAAUUCUUCGUACUGUUCGACCGAUUCUUGUUCUCAACAGAGGUCCUUAAUAUAAAGCUGGCGUUGCUCAGAGAUAUCUAUUUGCCGUUUUGCUGCAGUUUGGAACUGCCGUGUUGUCUCAUUUUGUGUUGUUCAGUGAUAAAUGAAUGCCGCG